GUUUACUCAGGCAGGGUUGUUGAUAUGUGUCAUGGAAGCUGUCACUGAAACACAUUUCAUGAAGGAGAAGGAGAGAAGCGGAUAAGAAAACGCAGACACUAACAGCUCGCAGGCGUCAUAACGACUUUAGCAUGUCUGCAUCAGCAUCGGGUAGAAAAACCCCAGUGGAUUAUGGGGUUCAGAUUCGCUUCAUAAAUGACCUGCAUGAUCCCGCAGGUGGAGGGCAUCGAGACAGCACCGGGAAAUCCUCAUCCCGGUAUGGCGUGGCCGUCAGGGUGCAGGGCAUCGCGGGCCAACCGUAUGUAAUGCUUAAAGAUGGAAAGAAAGGUGAUUCCUAUGGAGUGCAACUCCGAACCCCAAGCUACAACAGCUUACCCAGAAGCCGGGAAGAUGGAAUAGACGAUGGUCAGCAUCUUUCCUCCGCGGAUGCCAGCGUGUUGCGAAGGGCUCAGUCACAUGGCUCUCUGCUGGACCGAGAGAGUGACUACAACAACUCCUUAAAGGAGUUUAAGCACCCUAAUGGAGACAGACGCUCCGGUAGCUACGCCAACCUGGACAGCGGAAUCGGCAUGGGGAUGGAAAGGAACCAGUGGGGAGGAUCCUACCAAGCAGGGCUGAACGGCUCUUUAGACAAGGAAAAUUUGAGAAGAAUAAACAACUACUAUGAAUCUCCUUCAGACGCUGUUAAACCUUCACAAGACAGGCGUGCCAAAAAUGGAGACAGGAAUUUUACAGGACAAGCCAGUGUUGCCGGAGGCUCCUCCAGGGGGCGCACUCCUGGUGUCCAUGUAGGAAACGGGCCUGCAACCACCGUCCUUUCUUCUGCUCAGCUGCUGCCUUCAAAUGAUUAUGCUUCUCCUCCAUCAUCCUUACCUGUUUCAGGUUACAGCAGACCGAGCCGGACCUCGGGAUCUGUGGCUAAGAUCGCAGCCGUGCAUUCGUCUGGCCUAAAUAAUGAUUGGUCCACCGUAGAUGCGCAUGUGACUCCUGAUCUUUUGAAGGAUCAAAGUCAGAGCUCAGGGUCAGGGUUCAGCAGUGAGGAGGAUCAGAUCCAGCAGAUAAUCUAUGGUGUUCUACGACAGGGGAGCAGCGAGAGCGAUGCCGCAAUCAAGCGCAGAGUUCACGUCAUUUGCAAUAAGAUCCAGGGACUCAAGACGAACAAAUCAGACCUUGCACUUAAAGCAGACCUGGAACAAAGUCUGGAUGAAAACAUAAAUCUGCAGGAACAGCUAAGCAGGAAGAAGACCGAGUUAGACCAGACACACUCUGAGAUGAUUCAGUUGCGUAUGGAAAGAGAGAAUGCAGAGUCUCUCGUCAGACAGCUGGAGGACCAACUGACAGGGCUGCAGGAGGAGCUGAGGAGAGAGGCGGGCAACAGAGCAGAGACAGACGAGAUGCAUACGGAGUUGAUGGCACUGCGCAAUGAACUGGCUGGAAUGGCAGCACAGUAUCAGAGACAGGAAGACAUUGUGAGACAGAAAGAGCGGGAGCUGACUGCCCUGAAAGGUGCCCUAAAGGAAGAGGUGUCUACCCAUGACAAAGAGAUGGAAACUCUUCGUCAACAAUACAGCCAAGACAUGGAAAAGCUAAGAACCAGCAUGGCACAGGUGUCGCAGUCUCAGGUAAGCAUAGAAGCAGAGCGCCAGCGUGUGAACUCUACAGUCCGCUCCUUACAGCAACAGCUAGAGGAAAACAAAGAGGAAGGUGUCCACUGGAGAGAGCAGUUCCAGAGCACCAGAGAUGAGCUCCGCAACACAAAACAAGAACUUCUUCAAGCACGCUUAGACAAAGAAGAGUUUGAAGAAGAGCUAAAAGAGCUGCAGGAGAGACUUACCAUGAUGAAAAAUCAGAUCCCUGAUGUCAAACCAAGUGAAGCAGUCAACCAGGAGCUGGAGCGGUGCCGUGCAUCUCUAAAGCGAGCAGAAGCAGAGGUAGAGAAACUAAAGCAGGACCUUGACAAGAAGACUAUGGAAAUUAUUUCAUUAAAAAGGACCAAUCAGGAACUUGAUGCUGAGCAGAAAUACGAGAUUGACAGGCUAAAGGAACAAUCCCGGAAAGAUAAGGACGAGCUGACUAAAGUUCAUGAAAAAACCAAGCAGCUUGCAGAUCCUGCAUUAGUGGAGUCUCUGCGUGGGGAAAUGCGUGCGGUGCGUGGAGAGGCAGAGCGUCUGCGCAGUCAGUUGGUUUUGGCAGAGGAGGAUCUACAGAAAGAAAAGGAGCGUCUCGCCUCAUCCCAAAUUGAACUGAACACAGUCUCAAGUGAACAAGAGGCACUGGAGGAGGCCAACACACGCCUCAAAGAUAAACUUGCACGUCUAGAGUCCACAAUGCAGGAACAUGCUUCGCAGAACCUAGAGGCAGAGCAGGAGCUGCAGUUGGAGAACAGGAAGCUGAGGCAACAGCUGGAAGAGACCAAACGCAGCAGCACUAAACUGAGCCAGGAAAAGAACGAGUUGUCCCGAGCGCUGGAGGAACGAGCCAGGCAGAUUGAUGCUCUCCGCAAAGACAACACAGAACUUGACGAACAAAAGAAACAGAUUGAAAAGGCAAAGGACAAACUCAACAAAGAGAUUGAGCGGUUGGCUGCUGAUUCGAGUGUGUCUGUGCGCCUGGUACAGUCUCAGCUUGAUGAGCAAAAAGAUAAAUGGAAAAAGGAGCAGCAGGACCUGCAAAAGGUCAACAAGGAGAAAAUCAGCGAGCUGGAGAAAACCCAGAUCACUCUGCGUUCUCUCCAGGAGGAGUUAGCCCGUCAGAAGAAAGACCUGCAGUUGUUCUCUGAAGAAAAAGAUAAUGCUCUUCUGGACAAAGAGAUGUUAAUUAACCGCAUCAAACACCUAGAGGGAGAGCUGGAGAGUCAACGCAGCACUUUUAAUGACCGUGCACGUGAUAUCCGCAGUGUGGAGGAUAAAGUUAAACGUUUAGAGCUGGAGCUGGAUGAAGAAAAGAACAGCGUGGAGCUUCUGACAGACAGAGUAACCAGAAGCCGAGACCAGAUUGAGCAGCUGCGUUCAGAGCUGAUGCAGGAAAGAUCAUCCAAACAAGACCUAGAGCUUGACAAAAAUUCCUUGGAGAGACAGCUCAAGGAGUACAAAUCCAGAAUAAAAGAAAUGGAGGGACAGUCUCGUAGUUCCACUAAUGUUUCUCAGCUAGAGCUUAAACUGCAGGACUUGGAGGAACGCCUACUUAAUGAAGAAAGAGAUAAAAAUGCAGCACUGUCCUCACAGCGUCGCCUGGAGAGGAAGCUGAAAGAGCUGAAUUUGACUGUGGAUGAGGAUAGACAGCAGAUCACUGAGCAAAGAGACCAGUUGGCUCUGCGUGUGAAGGCGUUAAAGAGGCAGGUGGAUGAAGGAGAAGAAGAGUUAGAGCGAUUGGAGGGGUUGCGGAGGAAAGCAGUAAGAGACAUGGAGGAGCAAAUCGAACAAAAAGAGGCGCUGCAGACCCGAGUCACAGCACUGGAGAGUGAACUCAAAAGGAAGAUCCAGCAAGCCCGGCUCUUAUCAGUAGCCUCCCCAGGUCUCAGCUCAGACGAUGACGACGAUGGUCUGUUUGACUCGUCCACCAUCGCCUCCAUCCUCACAGAGAGCAAUCUACAGACCAGCUCCUGCUAGAUGGUGGUUGGAGGAGAAUGGUGAACUUUUUGGCGAAUUUUGAGUAAGGAAGAGUGAUAUCAGAAAUUUAAGAGACACUUCACACUGUUGGUUUUAGGGAAGGGUUGAUGCCUUUUGGUCUGUAGCUUUUACAAAUGUUGUAAAUACUGGAAGUUAUGCAAAAUGAACAAGCCUUAUGAAGACGUGGACACGCGCUGUACAAACAUUAUACAAAUACUGUACAAAGAGCUGAUUAUCAAAUUGAUUUAGUUCACAGUGUUGUGUAGCUUGCACUUACCUGUUAUUGAUGUGAUGUGACUAGCUGUGUUAACUCUGGAAAUUAAUCACUGAGUUUUAGUUAAGUGUUAAAGUUCACAGUGAACGCACAGCCGACAUUUUUUUUUCGAUACCUUACUUCUUCGUUAACUUUACCGAUUCUUGGGCAUGCUAGUAUUUUAUUCAUUUAACUAUUUUAAAAUCGCCUGGAAAGUUCAGUCGUUUAAGAUUAAUUAAUGUUUUUGGUUAAAAUCAAUAUCAAACUAUUGUAUGAGCAAGACUAGAUUUUUUUUAUUUUACU